CACCUUCCUAUCGAUCAGCCAACGCUCGCAUUGCGCCGAACGCUCCUGCAUAUCACACACCCUACUACACAUUCACGAUGCAGUCAAUCCCUGAUGCGCGCCAGCAGUCCUUUGAAGAGCUGUAUGGGCCGCCCGAGAACUUCCUCGAGAUCGAGGUCCGCAAUCCCAUGACCCACGGCGUCGGCCGCGGCAUGUACACCACCUACGAAAUCGUAAUGCGCACCAACAUCCCCGCCUUCAAGCUGAAGUCAUCCACGGUGCGCCGGCGCUACAACGAGUUCGAAGCCUUCAGGGACAUUCUCGAGCGCGAGAGUGCGCGCGUCACCAUACCACCGCUGCCAGGCAAGGUCCUGACAAACCGCUUCUCGGACGACGUGAUCGAGCACAGGAGAGAGGGGCUGCAGCGGUUCCUGCAAAUUGUCGUUGGGCACCCACUGCUGCAGACAGGGAGCAAGGUACUGGCUGCGUUUGUUCAGGAUCCAAACUGGGACCGACAUGCGUGGUAAUCGAUCUGAGCGGGAGAGGAGGCGAGGCAGUUUGCAUGACAUGAUACCAGAAAGGCCCCAGCCGAGUUGCUGGGGGCAUCUUCGAUUCGUCAUGGCAUUUGCAUGCGUUCAGGAGCGAUAUGGGCGUUCAUCGGUAUUGUCAAAAUGCAACCAAGUUCACUCUAUUAGUGCUCAAAGUGAUAUGCCAUAUGUCACGUACAAAUGUUCUCGAGUUCGC